GGAACAUCGCACACGAGAUUUAGACAAUAUCUCGUUUGAAAAAGGAAGAUUCGCCAAAUGUGUGGGAAACUCUGUUUUCUUCUAUUCGCGAUAUGUCUGGCAAAAAAUGCAACGUUAGGGAAUCCUACACAUUGUCAUCGAGAUCCCUAUCUUUACACCGGCACUAAGACACCGUAUUCUUAUGUUCAUAACAAUACCGGAGAAAGCAUGGCUGUUGCGAACUGCACGCCGAUGCAAAUCUGGAUGCUGUGCAGACAUGGUACGCGAUAUCCAGAUGAGCUUACGAUCGCACGGAUCUUGAAUCUCACGCAAAUUCGAGAUCGUGUAAUGGCCAACAAAAGUGAGACUCAGAACACGCGUCAAUGCAAAAGAAAGGAUCUGAAGAACUGGAAGCCUCAUUCCGAACUCGCCCCGGAAAAAGGAAAACACCUGGCAAUGCAAGGUGAAAAGGAUUUGAUGUCGCUCGCUGAGAGACUCAAGAUGAAAUUACCGAUGCUGUUCGACGAGAAUGUGAUCAAGAAAUUUAAGUUUAGAUCGACGGGCACACAACGCACCAUCACUAGCAUGAGUUUCUUCAUGAAAGGAACUUUCGGCAACAGACCCGAAAUAGAGUCACUCAACAACAUUUCAUUGCAAUUCGAAUCGAUGAAUAUGCAACAAACUGCAAUCUAUUUUUUAGAAGACGUUGCCAAUGACACUUCAAUCAUCGAGCUUGAGAUAGUGCCAACUGCUAAUGACACCUUAUUAAAGAUAUAUGACUCUUGCGAAUCCUGGAAAAAUGUAGGAGUUAACAAAGAAGUGGACGCAUUUAUUAACGGCGCAGAAAUGGUGAGAAUUUUUGCCAAUGUCAGCCGGCGUUUAGAUCUCGCAAAUAUUAGCAAAGAGGAUGCAUUUCUAUUUUACGACGCGUGUCGCUUUGAGAAAGGCUGGAAUCCGGAUGAAUCUUCUCCCUGGUGUGACGUGUUCACCAAUAACGAGAUGCAAGUCUUCGAAUACGAAGAGGAUCUCUUUUAUUAUUACCGAUCCGGUCCGGGGGAAAAAAUCAACGGUGAGCUCGGGUGCCAUCCUAUCCGGGAUAUGUUCGAUCAUUUCACAAAACUGGAGAACGUGAAGGAUGGCGAUGAACCAAGGGGAGUGUUCUACUUCACGCACUCGCAUAUGAUAGGAAUGUUCCUCACUGCAAUGGGAGUUGGCAAGGAUUCCGUGCCGCUGACGACUGCGAACUUCCGAGACAUGUAUCGUAGAAACUGGAGAUCCUCCCUGUUGAUGCCGUUCACCGCGAAUUUCGCGGCGGUCUUUCAUAGGUAACGAUCAUGCGAUACUCCUUUUAAAGUUGCUUUCUACCUAAAUGAAAAUCCUUUGAUCCUCGAAGGCUGCGAAAACGGAGUCUGCGAUUGGAUACAGCUAAAGGAGAAACUGGGUGGAAUCGCAGUCAAUUGCAGCAUGGAAGUUUGUCAAAAAAAAUCUUGAAUUAACUUGCCUUAGUCUUUUUUUUUUAAAUAAAAUAUUAGACAUAUCGCUUUGCAGCAAGACUGUGGUGCAAUUGAAAAGUUUGUAAUAUGCAACAAAAAUGGUGCGAUUGUAAUGUAAUCAGAAAUUCUCAAUUUCUGCCAAUCAAUACCAAUCAAUAUCAAUCAAACCAAUCAAUAUCAAAUCGAAUCAACCAACACAAACAAUCCCUAUCUUUCGUUCGACGUUAAAAAGAAGAUUAAAAUAAAAUUUCAUACAUUUCGAUCUUCAUACUGGCGGCACAAUAAAUAAAGCUGUUUGAUCGAUAAA